AUGAGUUUUCAAUUAGUGCGCUUGCGACGGUGCGUUCGGCCGCGGCACGUCUAUGAUCUCCAGGUGAGGCGACACAGUGCCGGCACUAUCUCGCUAUCGCCCGAUAACCUAUCAGCUCUUAUCGGCUUCCGCACGUGCAGCCGGCGAGCGCCUUCGCGCCUCGCGUCUUACGCUCGGUACACGGAAACAAUAGACGGCGCCGCGCCCGUCAAGCCCGCAGGGCUGCCACUUCAAGGAAAACGACAAGACGCAGAAACGCUGCCGCUCUACAUGGGACCGCACCGCGCGCUGCGUCUAGUGCAAUUCGCGCUCGCUCCAGAGCGGGCCGCGUACAUCAGUGGAGUUGAGGGCCUUGACGACAUUCCCCCGCGUAUCACACGGCCGCGGGUUAAAUGGCGGAGCGUUUUUUCAACGGCUCGCCGUGGAUUCUGCGAAGCGCAAACUGGUCGGACGGGCCGCGCGCGAGUUUUUUCGGCGGGCAACACCGGCACGCAUGCGCCGGCUGGGUUGCCAGCGUCGACGAUAACCGCUUUGCGAACUCCCUCGCAU